UGUUUUUAGAGAAGUCAGUGAAAUUGUCUGUGACAUCACUUUGCUAUUGAGUGUGACUGUGUGGUUAGUCUUUGGGUGUCAGAGGAAGCUGCUCCCUGGAUGAUAAGGACGCAUUGCAAUGUAUGUGUGCAUAGCAUAUUCUGCAUUUGAUUUGGACCUUGGCAAGACAUUUGCACAGAGCGAUAACCGUUAUUUUGCUUUCCAGAGACUGACACAUACAUGCUGUUUUGUGAGGAUACACAUGAUCUCUGGAUAUAACCAUGUUUUUGUGGCUUAAACUCUUAGCAUUUGGCUUGGCUCUUGUGGAUGCAGAUGACUUCAGCACAGUUCCAACAGCAUCAACAACUCUUACUGAUGGAAAAUCAAGUCUCUUUCCAGCUCCUGGCCCUUCUUUCAUACCUUCACACUCCACUCCAUCCUCACCUGCAAGCAUCCCUGAAGCAAACCCUGGCUCUGCAAGCAAUGAAACAAUGUUCCCCACUUACCAGACCUCUAAUGCUAAAGAAAUGUCUGUUAGCCAAGCCGUUCCUACUUCUCCUGCUACUCCUGCUUCCAUCGCCAUCACAGAGCCUGUUCCAACAAGCAACUCAUCCUCCCUCCCUCACAAGGACUCACACUCUUCCAGCAUUCAGACAUUCAGCAGCACUGCUGCCCAUCCUUCACUCUCUCCCUCCACCGCCAUGCAUGCACCACCAGAUGGUCGGGAUGAUUCUACCAUGCAUCACAUUUCAUCAUCCACUGACACUCCAACAAGCAUCUCUCAAGCUCCCGCAGACACCACCUCUGGUUCAAUAGCCAUCGAUACCACUCCCUUGGACUGCAACCAUGUGAACAUUUCAGUGAAUCGGAAUUUCUACAAUGGCAGUGCAGAGCUGAAAAUUACGCAAUCCUCAAUGUUGCGGAAUGUGACAUGCACAGAAGCCCACUGUAUUUGGAAAAAGGAAAACAGGAAUGUUCUUACUGGACUUCAAGAGUGUAAAGUGUAUAACAUAGUAGUAACAUAUGUUGCUGGAUGCACUAAAAGCAAAUCAAUUCGCAUCCCCCCUAACACUACCACUUGGAAACUGGGAGAACCUCAGAAAAGAAACACCAGUGUGACUUUAAUCUGGGACAAUCAUAAUGACAAAGAAUGCAAUUUAAGAUAUGACUAUUGCUGUCAUCAACAAGGUGAGGACUGCAACAGUGGAAAAAGGAAAUAUUUAUCACGAAGUUCUUCGAACAGUGGAACAGUGGAAAAAUUAUCACCCAACAAGAACUACACCUGUAUAUCAUGCAUAUCUUUUUAUGAUGAAGAAUUGAAAAAAGUCACCAUCAAGAUAAAGACAGAUUAUGGAAGGCCUGGUAAACCUGAAAAUGUUAUGAAUAUAACAAAUGCAACAACAAUAAAAAUUAAUUGGAAGAAGCCACAAACUGAAGAAAAUGGCCCAAUUGAUGGAUACAUGGUCCAAAAAUGCAAGGAUAAUUGUGAAUGCAAUAAGGAUGGUGAGCCAAUUGAUGUUUUAAAGAAUACCAGUCAUUCAUGGAGUACAUUAAAGCCUUACACGUGGUAUAAAGUGUGUGUAUGGGCAUACACAAACACAGAGGCCAAUGGGAGACUUAAGGGGGAUGAAAACAGCCAAGUUAUUCGCACUGAACCAGCACAACCAUCUCCUGUGAAAGAUCUCAAUGCUUCCUUAUCAGAGGAAGCAAACAAUAUUGUUAAUAUCAAGUGUACCAAGCCAAAUGAAAUCAAUGGCCCCAAAAAAGUAUAUAGAUUGAAUUGGGAAGGUUACGAGAUUAAAAACGACAAAUGUGAAUUUGAAGUUAAAGACCUCUCUUACUUGACAACAUACAACUUUAAGGUUACAUUUUCCAAUGGAUAUGCUGACUCAGAAUCUGUGCAGACUGACAUAACAACCAGAUACAAUUCUAGAGCGCUGAUUAUAUUUUUGGCAUUCCUCAUUAUAGUGACAUCCUUGGCUUUGCUCAUUGUUCUGUAUAAAAUCUACACCCUUAACAAAAAAAAAUCAAGGGAUUCAGAUGAACCUAUGCUGCCUGUGGUCAGAGGUUGGUAUUCCGCUUUUGAUGAUGAUAGACACCUGCUAAAUAUAGACCCAAUCCCUGCAGAGCUGUUGUGGGAAGCAUAUAAGAGAAAGAUAGCAGAUGAAGGAAGACUAUUUCUGGAUGAAUUUCAGAGCAUUCCCAGAGUUUUUAGUAAAUUCACCAUAAAAGAUGCACGGAAAUCUUACAACCAGAACAAAAACCGUUAUGUUGAUAUCCUUCCUUAUGACUACAACCGUGUGGAGCUUUCAGCAAUACCCGGUGACCCAGGCUCUGACUACAUAAAUGCAAGCCAUAUUGACGGUUUCACAGAACCAAGAAAAUACAUCGCUGCCCAAGGUCCCAAGGAUGAGACAACUGAUGAUUUCUGGAAGAUGAUCUGGGAGCAAAAGGCAACAGUUGUCGUCAUGGUGACUCGCUGCGAAGAAGGAAACAGGGUCAAAUGUGCCAAAUACUGGCCAUCCAUGGAGGAGGAGAGUGCAUCUUAUGGGGAUAUUGUCGUGAAGAUAAACGAAUGUAAAGUGUGCCCCGACUAUAUCAUUCAGAAGCUGCACAUCACCAACAGAAGGGAAAAGACAACAGGAAGAGAUGUGACCCACAUUCAGUUUACAAGCUGGCCAGAUCAUGGAGUACCUGAUAAUCCCCAUCUUCUUCUCAAGCUACGCCGCAGAGUUAAUGCUUUAAGCAACUUUUUUAGUGGUCCAAUUGUGGUCCAUUGCAGUGCUGGUGUUGGGCGCACUGGAACCUAUAUUGGAAUUGAUGCAAUGCUGGAAGGAUUAGAGGCUGAAGGAAGAGUGGAUGUUUAUGGCUUUGUUGUAAAGCUACGACGGCAGCGAUGCCUUAUGGUUCAAGUGGAGUCACAGUACAUCUUGAUCCAUCAAGCUUUGGUUGAAUACAUCCAGUUUGGUGAAACAGAGGUCAGUAUCUCAGAACUGCACAGCCACCUCAGUAACCUGAAGAAAAGAGAUCCUCCCAGUGAUCCAACUCUGUUGGAAACUGAAUUCCAGAGGUUGCCUUCAUACAGAAACUGGCAGACACAAAGAGCUGCCAAUAAAGAAGAAAAUAAAAGUAAAAACCGAAGUUCAGCAGUUAUCCCAUAUGACUAUAACAGAGUCUUGUUCAAAACCGAAGAGGAGGGGAGCAGAGAGAGUGAACAUGAUUCCAAUGAUGAGGAAUCUGAUGAAGAAAGUGACUGCGAGGAGCCCAACAAAUAUAUCAAUGCUUCCUACGUAACUGGCUACUGGCUUCAAAAUGCAGUGAUAGCAACACAAGGGCCACUCCCAGAAACGAUUAGUGACUUCUGGAACAUGGUGUAUCAAAGAAAAGUGAAAGUGAUUGUUAUGUUGACUGAGCUGAAAGAUGACACUCAGGAACUCUGUGCACAGUACUGGGGAGAAGGAAAACAGACAUAUGAUGGCAUCACAGUUGAACUUAAAGAUGUCAGCCAUUGUUCCAGUUACACUAUUCGUGCCUUUGAUGUAACUCACGCGAAGAGGAAAGAAACCCGAAAAGUGUUUCAGUAUCAGUACCAUAAAUGGAAAGCCUUUAUUCUCCCAGAGAGCCCCAAAGGCUUAGUCGCCUUGAUCCAGAACCUCAAAGAGAAGCUUCCACCACCUGAUGUAACAGCUGAAGCAAAUGCACGAGGCAGAAAUGUUCCAAUUGUGGUUCACUGCUGUGAUGGUUCCCAACAAACAGGAGUAUUUUGUGCCUUGCUGAACCUCUUGGAAAGUGCAGAGACUGAAGGUGUAAUAGAUGUUUUCCAAGUUGUGAAAUCUCUUCGUAGAGCCAGGCCAGGAAUGAUUUCCUCGUUUGAAGAUUAUCAGUUUCUGUAUGAUGCUGUUGCUAGUGAGUUUCCUGCCCAGAAUGGACAACUGCAAAAAACCCAAUGCCAAGAACACAAAGUCAAUAUUCAUAAUUAUGAAAAAGAAGAAGAGCCUAACUCUGUUACUAUUGAUUUCUACUACCCAGUUCAAGAAACUGGGAACGAGGUGGAAAGGCAUGAAGAUUCCAAAGCCAAGGAUGGCUCAAGGGAAGUGAAAAAUUCUUCGAAUGGACCCACAAAUCCAGUUUCAACUGAAAUAGUGUAGAAGCCUUUUGACUUGAGCCCUUCCCACUUCAAGGCCUCUGUGCAUGCCACAGGUGUUCAUUCAUCAGUAAAUUUAAACCAAAAGGGGGGAAAGGGUCUCCUCUCACACAACCCAAGUCUCUUGCUUUGUUUAGAGAAAUUUAUGUGUAAUAUCCUGAAGCUGUUAUUUCUCACGAAGGUACGACAUAGGUCACUUGAAACUUGUGGAUAGCUUUAGCACACUGUGAAUUGUGCAUGUGGGUCUGUGUGUAGAUUUGCCAUUUUUAAUUGUUUGAUAUUAUUUGUACUCUUCAGCAUUUUUAAACAUAAUUGUGUAGCACUGAACUAUUUUUUUUAGAAGUUGGUCUUUUUACAUAGCAGUGAAAGAGGAAAAGAAAUGUAUGUUUUAAAAAACAAGAAAGAAAAUAGGUAGUAUAGAUCAGAUACAUCAUACAUACCACCAGUCAUACACAGUUGGGAACUUAAAUGUACAGGCAGGUAUCCAAAACACAGUGCAACUAGCUCUGCAUGCCCCAAGGGGCAUAUUUCUCAAAUGACAGCCCACCAUAUCACACUUUCAAACUAAGGAGACUUUUAGAACAAGGUUUUGAUGUGGCAUGAGGGUGUGCUGGCCAAAGGAAAAAAAUGUUUUAGAGAAUUGUGCUGGGCACACCUAACUCCUUGUUCUUUGGAUCACAGACAUGGUAAUUAUAUGUUAAUGGGGAAUAUGCUCUCCAAUGAUCAGAUAGUAGCUUUGGUGUAAAUACAGGGCACACAAAGCCCAAUGCCCAUUGUAAACAUGGAGCAUUUCUUGAUAUUGAAGUAAUAGUGAUGCUGCAAGAUCCUGAUGGUUGUACAACUUGCAUUUCUAAACCCAACCUCAAGAUGUCACUGUCUUCACAGAAAUUCACCUGACUGUUCAACUCCAGCAAGGUUGUAAGUUAUGGAUGUUCAAUCUUUUGCAAAAUGCUAGAGGAACAUCAUUCAGUUGACAUGUUUUAAAAUUGUACAUGAAAGCACAACUGGAACACACACACACACAUGGUUUCUCUGGCUUGAACAGAACUUGUCCUAGGUGAUGUUUUCCUCAUUUCUUUUUAUUCUUGUAUAUGCUAUUUUCUGGAUUUUUGCAAAUUUUAUAUAAAAAUUUUAUAUAAAGUUUUAUAUUUCUGGCCAUUUCCACAGUGAAAUAAAAAUAUCAUCUAAAAAUAAUACUUCAAAAAUAUUCUUAUGAGACAUAGAAAGUGUUGGGAAUAUUAUAUAACAAGGUGGAUUUUUCUUUUUUCUGGUUAUCAUAAAUUGAUGGUUUUUUAAUUCAGUAUAUAUGUGGUUUCAGGGCCAAACUAGAUGUGAGAGGGAGAUGUAGCGUGGGGUAUGCAAUUUGUAUUGGGGCUGUGGCACUGAGGGAGGGGAAUAGUAUUUCAGUUACUACUUGGAGAGGAGGGAAGGGUAACAAUGUAACACAUCUUUCAGGUUGACCAGAAGAAUACCGUGGUGAAUGAUAUCAAAUUUCUGACAGGUGCAGCAGAACUGUUAGGAAUGCACUCCACUGGUCUAGUUCCCAGCAAAAAACAAGGCCAUUGUAGUUUCAAAAUGAAGUUAAAAGCUGGAAUGAAAUGGAUUCAGAAAAAUUGCUAAUCAAUGUGAAACAACUAGCCACAGCCUCAGUAGAACUGUCAGCCACAGCACAAAGAAAAUCCAUAAUUCAUCAGCUUCUCAGAGUGGACUAUUUGCAUAGGUUUCUUGCCUUGCAAAAUGAAAUGGACUGCCUUCAAGUCAAUCCCAACUUAUGGCAGCCCUAUGAAUAGGGGUAAGCCGUAUUCAGAGGUGGUUUACCAUUGUCUUCCCUUGAGGCUGAGAGGCAGUGACUGGCCCAAGGUCACCCAGUGAGCUUCAUGGCUAUGUGGGGAUUCGAACCCUGGUCUCCCAGGUCAUAGUCCAGCACUGUAGCCACUACACCACACUGGGUCUUUUUGCCUUAGCAAAGGUUUAAGUUCCCAGUAAGCUUAAACCAGGGAUGGGGAACUUGUGGCCCUCCAGAUGUUGUUGGAAUAAAACUCCCAUCGUCCCAGAUCAUUGGCCAUGCUGGCUGGGGCUGAUGGAUGUUAGAGCCAAACAACAUCAGGAGCAUGUUCCCCUCCCUGGCCUAAAUGCUAUCAUGUGACCCAUCCAUGACAAAGGAACCACAGCUAGUUCUCUUGCAUUGUCCCAUCCAGCAGAAAAUAUGAGAUCCAAAAGAUUGAAUAUUUGCAACCGUACCUUAUAUUUACCAUGACUACAAAGAGAGCUUCACAGACGAUGCAGCCACAAGCACCUGUUUCACGCAGCUCAUAGCUGAUGGAAUUCACAACCACAAGAUAUGAUAGUUACCAUCUCAGAUGGCUUUAAAGGGGCACCUGAAUACCAGUAUGCUGAGGAAUAACAGCGAGAGAGGGCUAUUGAUGUCAUGUCCCGCUUGUGGGCUUCCCACAGGCAUCAAGUUGGUCAGUGUGGGAAACAGGAUGUGUGGUGACAGGCCUUUGGUCUGAUCCUGCAGGGGUUCUUCUUCUGUUCAUACAAGGCAGGAGCUAUAGGCAAUCUCAACUUUCUGCUUAAUGUCCCUACGUGAUGCAUAGCUGUUAAUAUACCUGUAUCUACACAUAAUUCAUUGCAGACACAUGAUGCAUUUUUAUUUGUACACAGGCUGUUAACUCCUGAGAACUUUUGCAAAUUACAAUGAUGAUGAUGAUUUUGCUUCCCUUAAUGUUCUUCUGGUAUUUUGCAUGAGCAGAAAGGUAAAGAUGAAUGGGCCUUUCAAAGCUUAGGCAAAAUUUGGUGACUGCUUUGGUCUCAAUUUUGCACCCUACCUUGAAAACAUCUUCACCAAUCCUGAACAUCCAGUGCUCAGAGGUGGCCAGGUAUGACACCCAGUCGAAUAGCUCAUCUCAUAAAUACUUUAUAGUGGUUUUCUGUAGGUCCCUCUCUGGUAGGGAUAUGUGACAAAGAUGACCCCCUGGGAAAUGCUGAUAGUCUAAAGAUGUCUAAAAAUGUCAAGGCAUCAAGGACUUUAAUGGGAAUUUGCAGGAACCCUGCAAGCAGGUCUAGAAUUAUGGCCAAACAAUGGAGCAAGGAAAGGUGUGGAGUUGUAUCAUGGGGGGAAAAAGAUAUUAAAAGACUAUUAAGAGAAAUAGCUAUCCGUCUGUUUCAAGUGCCUGAAGAUGCAUAGCUAGGUUUUCAUACAACAACACUGUUUGUCCACCAGGCUGUACUAAAACAUUCCAAGCAUGAGUUCAUCUUUAAAAAAUGCUUUGAGAUUAAGACUGAAGCAGUAACCUUUGCUAUAUUGUUUUAGAUGCCAGCUGAAUUUUUUUUCCAGCAAGCCUACCCAGACAUAUAAUUUCAUUAUCUAUGGUUGUAUGAAAAGUUUUACUGAUUGUAUUUGUGAUUUAUGGAUAGA